CGCCUUUACCGAUGGGAGAUUUUCCGAAGAUAUGCAGAGCAGCUUAGAACUCUACAGCAGCUCACAAGGGCCCUGAUCUGAUCUACCGAGCUACUAUGAUGAAGCAACCACGAAGAAUACGAAUACUCGGAGAAAUUGACAAUACUAAAAGAUAAUCGUUGAUUUUGAGAAUUGCUUGCUAAAUCUGGUCGGGACAGCGCCUCGGAACCGUGACACGUCAAGCCGACUCGGAGCACUGCGACCGGGAGACUCGAAUUGAGGACAGGCAUUAUUGCAACCAGGGAAAAUAUGCUAAUCGGUAUUCAUCACUAGGCUGAUCAUCCGACCGAUCCAAGCAAUACCCUUCGCAUUAUAGCUGGGAUGCCGCAUGCCUCCAUCGACCCGAUCUCCUUCACUAUCGGCUAGAGACUCAAGCUCACAACCGUACACAACACGUCCAAUCCGAUGGUAAACUGAUCCCUAUUUGGAUGGUGAAUGGGCGCGGGACCUUCUCAGCAGCGCCCGUCCAGCGACAGCCCGACACGAGGCCGGGCCAUCACCGACGAGUGCUGACGCAGACAGAACGCCAUCUCUUCAUCUUGGAUUUAGUUGUGUGAAGAAGAAAAGGGAGAGGAAUUGUGUGCGAAGAAGAAAAACAGCUGCGGGGCGCACGGACCAGGCGGUGAGCUCGUUCGGGAAUAGUCUCGUUUUCCCGCUUUCCGCGGGCAACGGAGAAGGAACCAGCUACCGACCGCCGGAGUCCCGUUGCGAGUUUCGCUUUUAUAAAAGAACGCCUUCCGAUCCGAGCGUCUAGUUGGAUAUUCGUGUCUCUUUGUCCGGUCGUCUUUCACCAUGUCUCUCUCUCGUUGUGGGCGCCUCGCUCGCGUCUCCCUGGGGGCCCUCCGCACGCCCGCGCCCGUGUCCACCCGUGCUAUCGUCCCUGGCAUCAUCUCCGUGCGGGGUGUAUCGUCGUCGAGCCGGGAUGCGCAACAGAAGCUCCUGUCUUCCUCCCUGAAGGACUCCGAUCCUACCGUCUUCAAUAUCCUCGAGAAGGAGAAAACCCGCCAGAAGCACUUCAUCAACCUGAUCCCCUCCGAGAACUUCACCUCGCAAGCCGUCCUCGAUGCCCUAGGCAGUGUGAUGCAGAACAAGUACUCCGAGGGAUACCCCGGCGCCCGUUACUAUGGUGGAAACGAACACAUUGACGCAUCCGAGCGCUUGUGCCAGCAGCGCGCUCUCGAGACCUUCCGUCUCAACCCCGAGGAGUGGGGUGUGAACGUUCAGCCCCUGUCCGGCUCACCCGCUAACCUCAUGGCUUACUCCGCCGUUCUCAACACUCACGACCGCUUGAUGGGUCUGGAUCUGCCCCACGGUGGCCACUUGUCGCACGGUUACCAGACCCCGACCAAGAAAAUCUCCGCCAUUUCCAAGUACUUCGAGACCUUGCCAUACCGCCUGGAUGAGUCGACCGGCCUGAUUGACUAUGACGCUCUCGAGAAGCAGGCUCUGCUGUACCGCCCUAAGCUGAUUGUGGCGGGUACGUCGGCCUACAGCCGUCUGAUCGAUUACCCUCGCAUGCGCGAAAUCGCUGAUUCCGUCGGCGCCUACCUUCUCUCUGAUAUGGCCCACAUUUCCGGUCUCGUUGCUGCCGAUGUCCUGCCCUCUCCCUUCCCCUACUCAGAUAUCGUCACCACGACCACCCACAAGUCUCUUCGCGGACCCCGCGGUGCCAUGAUCUUCUACCGCAAGGGCGUCCGUCGCACCGAUAAAAAGGGCAACAAGGAGAUGUAUGAUUUGGAGAACCCUAUCAACAUGUCCGUCUUCCCUGGUCACCAGGGUGGCCCCCACAACCACACUAUCACUGCUCUGUCCGUCGCCCUGAAGCAGGCUCAGUCUCCCGAGUUCCAGGAGUACCAAAAGACUGUGCUGGCUAACUCACAGGCUCUGGCUGAGCGUCUCGGCGAGUCUACCAGCAACGGUGGCCUCGGUUACAACAUUGUCUCCGGCGGCACCGACAACCACCUGGUGCUGGUCGACCUGAAGAACCGCGGUGUGGACGGUGCCCGUGUGGAGCGUGUCCUCGAGCUGUGUGGUGUUGCCAGCAACAAGAACACUGUCCCCGGUGACAAGUCUGCCCUCAAGCCCGGCGGUCUUCGUAUUGGUACCCCCGCCAUGACUUCUCGUGGUUUCCAGCCCGAGGACUUCCGUCGGGUCGCUGACAUCGUUGACCGUGUCGUGAUCCUGACCCAGAAGUUGGACAAGGCUGCCCGUGAGCAGGCUCAGACCCGUGGUGUCAAGAACCCCGGUACCCUCAAGGCCUUCUUCGACUUCCUGGGUGAAGGAGAGGAGGUCUCAGAGAUCGUUUUGUUGAGGCAAGAAGUUGAGGACUGGGUGGGCACAUUCAGCCUGCCUUGGGCCAAGGACCAGUAGACAUUUUUGCUUUUUUCAUCGCAUUUCCACUUUCUUAUACAUGUGUACAUUCCCCCCAGCCAUGCUUCAACACGAAAUAUGAUUUAAAGACUUUUAACAUUCAAACAAUACUCUCGCAUUUAUC